AUGCAUUUCAACACUCGAACUGCGCUGGAGCUCCUUCCACUGCUUCAGCUGGCAUCGGCAGCCCCGCAACUGGUAACAAGAAACUCCAGUGCCUGUGCUCCAGGCUUUUAUCUCCCCGGAAUAGCCAAUUUCCAACUCCAGCUUCCAAUUGGAAGUGAGGGACAUCCGCAAACUGAAUCUGGUUCGGAGCUAAGCGGCUGCGGUGGCUUCCAAGAUCCCGACUGGUUCUAUUGGGACAGCAAUGGAAAGUAUAUUGUCAUGAAAGCACCUCCCAGUUCUACAGACUGUGUCAAAACUACAAAUAGCAAACACUGCCGAACAGAGUUCCGCGAGGAGAAACCCGAUAGCUGGUCUGCAAGUGCCACAAAUACGAUGACUGUCAAAGUUGCCGUAGCCAAGGCUGAUGAUGGCAAGUACGGUACUGUCAUUGGACAGGUGUUCUCCGCAGAGUACUCUAAACCGGUUGCAGAAUUAUUCUAUAAGCCAUCUGGUGAGAUUAAUAUCGGCGUGGAACAAACUACAAGCGGUGGAAACAGUGAUUAUACCUCAGUUGGGAAUGUCCCAGAAGGAACCACCUUCACCUACGAGCUGAGCUAUUCUCAUGACUCCUUGACAUUUUCUUUAAAUGGAGGAAAAGCGCAGAGUUUCGCCACCGAUCAACUUGGUAACCCUGACAGUUAUUUCAAGUUCGGCAACUACAACCAAGGAACAGAUGCUGAGAGUGAGGUCCAUGUUUAUUCUGUGGAUGUUGUGCACAAGUAG